AUGUCGCCCACCGCAGUGACCACGAACACCGGCGCAGCACCGCCGCCGCUGCCGAAUCCAUCCACCGGCAGCGCGAACCCCUCCGCGUCCUUCCCCGCCCUCUGGGGCUAUCUCCAGCCCGCGCUCGACCACAUCGUCCGCUCGCCGACGAACAACCCCGCCAAAGCCCCCGCAAUCACCGUCAGCUACCACAUGGGCGUGCACACCGCCGUCUACAACUACUUCACCUCCCAGUCCGAAGGUCCCGCGCCCGCACACGCCGCCGCCGGGCUCACCACGGUGUCCCGCGGCGGCGGCGGCGGCGGCGGGGACAAGGGCCGCGCGAGCGGGACCGGGACGGACCUCUACGAGCACCUCGACCGCUACUACACCGACGCGGCGCGCGAGCUCUUCCUCGGCGCGCCCACGGACGACACGACGCUCGUGCACUACCUCGUGCCGUGCUUCAACCGCUACGCCGCGGGCGCGCAGGCCGUGAGCCGCCUGCUCAACUACGUGAACCGGCACUACGUGAAGCGCGCCGCGGACGAGGACCGCGGCUGGCUGCGCCUCUCGGACGUGCUCGACGCCGUCGCGCGCACCAUCCAGGAGACGGACACCCGCGAGCAGAUCCAGCAGCGCCUCCGCGAACGCCGCACCCAGGAGCUCAAGAAGUGGGGGUACGAGGACGGCGCGGGCCCCGCGGCGCUCGCGCAGGCGGAGGCGUACGCCGAGGCCGCGAGCCCGCCCGACCGCGUCGUGUCGCUCUCUGCGCUCGCGUACCGCCGUUUCCGCAUCGAGGUCAUCGACCCGCUGCUCACCGUCCCGAAGAUAAAGGGGAAGGGGAAGAAGAAGAAACCGCCCUCCCAUGGCGAUAAACCCCCGAUGCCGAGGGGCCGCCUUGCGCGGGCGGUGAAGGAGCUGCUGGAGUCGAAGGGGGGAGACGGGGAGGAGAAGCUGAGGCUCUCGGGGGAGCUGGCCAUAUGUUUGCGGACCGUUGGCGUCAAGGUGGACCACCCGCUGCGCAAGAAACUUGACAAGUAUAUUCCCCGCUCUGAUUCGAAGUAG